ACCCCUGGGGGCGCGCGGCUGCAGUUAGGGUGAGGGGGGUCCCCAGUGCGCAGGCGCGAUCCCAUUCGCGGUCCCCCCAUCCUCCCCCCAACGGACUCACCCGCGGCGGGAAGAAGGGGCCCUCCUGUUCGUUCGAGGCCUUGAUCUCUCCCCCAAAAGAAGAUGCUGCUGCCACCUAUGUGUUCUUCGUAAAGCUACAGAUUUCUGCCAUACUGCCCCAUGGAGGACACCUCCACAUCAUUCAGCUGCUUGGACUGUGAACGCCACUUUCCUAGCCUCCCGGAACUAUCACGGCAUCGUGAACUGCUUCAUCCAUCUUCUAAUCAGGAUAGUGAAGACGGUGAUGGCAUCCCACGACCCUACCGCUGUCAGCAGUGUGGGCGAGGUUACCGGCACCCAGGGAGCCUAGUCAACCACCGCCGAACCCAUGAGAUUGGCCUUUUCCCCUGUACCACCUGUGGCAAGGACUGUACCAAUCCUGUGGCCCUUAAGAGUCACAUGAGAACUCAUACUGCUGAGGGCCACCGCAGGCGCAGGCCCCCUCGUCUCAAGGAAGCCUCUCCACAUCUCCAGGGUGAGACAGUAUCUACUGACUCCUGGGGCCAAAGACGUGGCCCUGGGGUAGGCUGGGAAAACCAGAAAAAUUAUGCUGAAGAGACAUCUGGCUGUGAGUCUGGGUCUGAAUCCAGGGUAGCUCUGGACAGCUGGGAAGAUCCAGCCCUCCAACAAGAAGCCUGGGCAAGCCAGCCAGGUCCUGAGAAAGGUGCAGAGGACUGGGAUUCCCCCACCAACUCUGCCAGAGUCCCACCACUCCCUGCACCAGCCAGCAACCUUCUUAGCAAUUUGGAACAAUAUUUGGCUGAAUCAGUAGUGAAUUUCACAGUAGGCCAGGAACCUUCCCAGACUUCUGCUGAAGAAGAGCGGCGGUACAAAUGCAAUCAGUGUGGCAAGACUUAUAAGCAUGCUGGUAGCCUCACCAACCAUCGCCAGAGCCACACCUUGGGAGUCUACCCAUGUGCCAUCUGCUUCAAGGAGUUUUCUAAUCUCAUGGCUUUGAAGAACCAUUCCCGACUCCAUGCCCAGUACUGGCCUUACCAGUGUCCCCGUUGCCCCCGCGCCUUUCGGCUUCCUCGAGAGCUGCUAGAACACCAGCAAACCCAUGACAGGGAAAGUCAGGGGCAGCUGUGGAAAGAAAAAGGAAUGCCUGCUACCAAUGGGCACACAGAUGAGAACUGCCAGGACCAGUUCUCUAGUACCCAGAUGCUGAAUGGUUCUGGGGAAUUCAGCACCUCAGGGGAGUUAGAUGACAGCGGUUUGGAGGAGUACCGGCCUUUCCGCUGUGGGGAUUGUGGCCGUACGUACCGCCAUGCUGGAAGCCUCAUCAAUCAUCGCAAGAGCCAUCAGACUGGUGUCUACCCUUGUUCCAUCUGUUCCAAGCAGCUCUUCAAUGCAGCUGCCCUCAAAAACCAUGUGCGGGCUCAUCAUAGACCCCGACAAGGAACCGGAGAUGAUGGGCAGUCAUCCCUGCUGUCAGCUGAAAAGACCCCCAAAGAAGAAGAGUUGUCCACCACUACUUUGGACCACCGCCCUUAUAAGUGCAAUGAGUGUGGCCGAGCUUACCGUCACCGAGGGAGCCUGGUAAACCACCGCCACAGUCAUCGGACAGGGGAGUACCAGUGCUCACUCUGUCCCCGCAAGUACCCCAAUCUUAUGGCUCUGCGCAACCACGUUCGGGUGCAUUGCAAGGCUGCUCGUCGCAGUGCAGAGUCAGAGUCUGAGAGUACCCUAACUCACCCCAAGAGGGAAUUGCCACCUGACUCAGUGGGAGCAGAGACAUUACCACCAACAGAUGUGGGGGCCUGCUGCAAACCCGAAGAAGAGACCUCUGCACUCCCGACAGCAGAUAGGACAGCACCACAGAUCUGUAGCGUGUGUGGUAUGUGCUUUGAAAACCCCAAGAGUCUUGAACUUCAUAGCCGGACCCAUGGAGAAGGGGAAAACAGCAGGACAGAGACCAGGGAGUCACUUCCACGUGCAUUUGCCUGCCGAGACUGUGGGAAGAGCUAUCGCCACUCAGGCAGUCUUAUCAAUCAUAGACAAACUCAUCAGACUGGGGACUUCAGCUGUGGAACCUGUGCCAAGCAUUUCCACACCAUGGCCGCUAUGAAGAACCAUUUGCGGCGCCACAGUCGACGACGGAACAGAAGACACCAGAGACGAGUUGGUAGUGUUGGUGAAGGACAAGCCAAAACUCCAUCAGGUGGAAAUUGGGCUCAGAAAUUGGUCAGAAAUACUGAAGGCCUGGACUGUGGCCAAGAUCGUUCAGGGGAAAGUUGUAGUGAUGCUGAAAUCAACUUGGAAAAUGAUGGAGGCUGUUUGCAUGCUGACUCUGAAAGGGAUAAAUGUGGGCUUGAAAAGGAUGAGGCAUAUUUUCAGAGUGAUAAAGAGAGCAGAGGCUCCAAGGAAGGACUAGACCAGAAAGAAUCCUGUUUCCUUAACAAUUUGGACAUCUCAGGUGAUGAGGAGAGCAGUGGGACUCGCCUCUGUGAUAACCUCACUGGAAUAGAAGAUCAGAAACCAGCCCCUGGCCAGCCCGGCUCUUCCCACUCUGCCCAAACCAUCACAAACUGGCAGGCUGACACCUCCCACACAUGUUCUGACUGUGGACAUUCUUUCCCCCAUGCUACCAGCCUGUUGAGCCACAGACCUUGCCAUCCACCUGGCAUCUAUCAGUGCUCCCUGUGCCCAAAGGAAUUUGACUCUCUGCCUGCUCUGCGCAGCCACUUCCAGAACCACAAGCCUGGGGAGGCAGCCUCAGCACAGCCUUUCCUCUGUUGUCUUUGUGGCAUGAUCUUCCCUGGGCGGGCUGGCUACAGGCUUCACCAGCGUCAGGCCCAUGGCUCCUCUGUGGGCUCGGAGGAGGAGGGAGAGGAAGAAGGAGCAGCAGGGGCAGCUUGCAGUCAGAGUCCCCCGCUCCAGCUUUCAGAAGCAGAGCUGCUAAAUCAGCUGCAGCGGGAAGUAGAGGCACUAGAUGGAGCUGAUUAUGGGCACAUCUGUGGCUGCUGUGGUCAGACCUAUGAUGACUUGGGAAGCCUGCAACGUCACCACCAAAGUCAGAGUUCUGGGAACACCAUGGACAAAGCUGCUAGCCACUUGGGAGAGUCAGGUGAUGCCUGCAUGGCUGCAGAUGGUGUCUUUGAGGGCACUGUGACCACUCUCUCUGUGGAGAGUGGGGACACCAAGUCUGAAUUGGAAGUUGGUGCUAUAGCAGUAGACAGCCUUUGUGUGCAGGGUGAAGAAAGUUCUCUUGAGGCUGAGGCCCAGCCCCGCCCGUUCCGCUGCAAUCAAUGUGGUAAGACCUAUCGUCAUGGGGGCAGUCUGGUGAACCACCGCAAGAUCCACCAGACUGGAGACUUUCUCUGCCCUGUCUGUUCCCGUUGCUACCCCAACCUAGCAGCCUACCGUAAUCACCUGCGAAAUCACCCUCAGUGCAAAGGAUCUGAGCCCCAGGUGCGGCCCAUUCCAGAGGCUGGGGCCUGCACUGAGACCCAGGACAUGGUAAAGGGAGGGCUGGGACAGGCUGAGGUGGUGACGCUCCAAGAAGAAUUUAAAGCGGAGCCUUUGGAGGAUGUUACCAGAGUGAAAGAAGAGACCUGGGAGGAGACCACCGUGAAGGGGGAGGAGAUGGAACUGAAGCUAGAGACUGCAGAAAAAGGCUGCCAGACUGAAGUCAGCACUGAACGGCCCUUCACUUGUGAGGUGUGUGGCCGGUCAUACAAACAUGCUGGUAGCCUCAUUAAUCAUCGGCAGAGUCACCAGACUGGCCACUUUGGCUGCCAGGCAUGCUCCAAAGGCUUUUCAAACCUUAUGUCCCUCAAGAACCACCGACGUAUCCAUGCAGAUCCCCGGCGUUUCCGCUGUGGUGAGUGUGGGAAGGCCUUCCGCCUGCGAAAACAGCUCGCCAGCCACCAGCGGGUCCAUACUGACCGAAGUGGGAGUGGGGCUACCCGAAAAUUGUCUCGGGAAGAUAGGCCCUUCCGGUGUGGGCAGUGUGGACGGACCUAUCGCCAUUCUGGCAGCCUCCUGAACCAUCGGCGUAGCCAUGAGACGGGCCAGUACAGCUGUCCUAUCUGCCCCAAGACCUGUUCCAACCGCAUGGCCUUAAAGGACCACCAAAGACUGCACUCAGAGAGCAGGCGAAGGCGUGCAGGGCGGUCGCGGCGGGUAGCUGUACGCUGUGCUCUCUGUGGCCAGGGCUUCUCAGGCCGGGUAUCUUUAGAGCGGCACUUAAAAGAGCAUGAAGAGACUAGAAAUGGCCAGGAAGGCUCGAAUGGCACAGAUGGUGGUGAGGAAAACCUGGCCGGUGACCACGAACGGAAAGUCAGCAUAGCUGGUGUUGAGUCAGUUUCUCAGCUAGAGAAUGGCACCAUGAGGAGAGGGUGCCAGAGUCAGGGCCCCAUCAAGACAGCAGGUUCAGAAGCUAUAGAGCCAGUGUCCUGGAACAUGGGGAAAGCAGAAGGGUGGCGAGAAGACGAGGGACCCGUGAAUCAUGAUGGAGAGUGGGCCCCUCAGGGUCAAGUAUCAGCCAGACCAGAGGAUGAGACAGGAGAUAGUGUCCCCAGGAGUUCGUGCCAUCUUGAUGAUGGCCAACACAGUGAACCUCAUCUGAAUCAUAUGGCUAACUGGAACAAUGGAGAUAAUCGCACUCAGCUCCAGCCAGAGAGCCACCCCUUGUCUUGCAGCCAUUGUGGCGAGGCCUUCCAAUCAGAGGGUCUGAACCACAAUGCCCACCAGCCAGAAUGCCACUGUUGCCAGCCCUGUUCCAAGGUGUCCCUCAAUCCUGUGGCUUCUGAGAUCCAGAGUCAGAAUCACAUAGCUGCCCAUACCUGUGCCAGCCCCAAUUGUAGCAAGGAAUUUGAGUCCCACCAUGAGCUGACUACCCAUCCGCAAACUCAUACCAGGAUCGUCAGUCAGACAGAGGUGGCCAGAGAUCCUGUUGCUAAGGAGGAUGAAGUGACUGUCUCUGGUCAAGGCCAAGUCCUGUCAGCACCCUUGAGGGCUCCAGGAGAGAAUGACAAGAGUGAUUGUGGAGAGCAAGGAGUUAAGUCCUCAGUGGCUGGAGAUAAGGAGCGGCCCUUCUGCUGUGCCCAGUGUGGACGCUCCUACCGCCAUGCUGGCAGUUUGCUAAAUCACCAGAAAGCCCACACCACUGGACUCUAUCCCUGUGCCCUCUGUCCCAAACUUUUACCCAAUCUGCUAUCCCUCAAGAACCAUGGCAGAACUCACACUGACCCUAAGCGCCAUCGCUGUAGCAUUUGUGGCAAGGCCUUCCGGACAGCUGCCCGGCUGGAAGGCCAUGGACGGGUUCAUGCACCCCGGGAGGGGCCUUUCACCUGCCCUCAUUGUCCCCGCCACUUUCGACGCCGAAUCAGCUUCCUGCAGCACCAGCAGCAACACCAGGAAGAAUGGACAGGGGCCAAUUCUGGUGCCACAAAGACAGCGGCAGCAGGCGGAGGGGAUUUGUCAUUGCCCCCUGAACCCACCACCUCGACUCCACUUCUGGACCCCUCACCCCAGUGGCCUGCAGACCUCAGCUUCUCCCUCUGAACUUCAAGUCUCCAAAGAUCAGAAUUUGGGGGAAUAGUGCAGGGACAGAUGCGAUCUUCAGUUUUUGCUCAGGAGUAGUUGGGCUAUCCCCAUGCCUUCUCUCCCACUGAGAAG